GACUUUCGAGUUUCGGCUGUUGGCUUGCAAGAGAAAUAAAAGUAUAAAACCCUUCAAACGAAACAACAAUUUGGUCCAAAAAAGAGUCUGUUGGUCAGGGAUCUGUAUUAGUGGCUCUCUCCCUCUCUGAACUCGAACUGAUCGCAGCUCAAACCAGCUCUUAUUUUGCUAUGGCGAAUUUUUAGGGUUCGUAACUACUUUUUAGGGCUUCGAGCAUAUCUACGACUAAAUUGGCGUCAUUUGGAGUACCUGCUGGAUCCCAUAUGAGAUGGGGAUAUCUUUCAAAGUGGCUAAAAAUGGUACUAGGUUUCGCCUCAAACCCCCUCAAGCAGAGAGUGUUCCUGACGAUGGGAUAGAUACUUCCAAGGACAAUUCUCGUAUUCUAGCUGGAAACGAACCGACUCCAAGCACCGGCCGGAAGCCAGAGGCUUAUAUCAGUGGAACGGACGAGUCUGUUGCUGAUAUCUCUGGUUCUUGUUUACCCUCUGGAGCAGAUACUAUUUCAGCAGAGCAAGAAGUCUCCUUCACAUUGAACCUCUAUCUGGAUGGAUAUUCAAUACGGAAACCAUCAGAGAAGGGCACAACACUUCAGGCUUCACUUCAAGAUGUUCCAAAGUUGCAUCCAUAUGAUAGGACAUCUGAGACCCUUUUCUCUGCAAUUGAGUCUGGAAGAUUACCUGGAGAUAUUCUGGAUGACAUACCCAGCAAGUAUUUUGAUGGGACAAUUCUGUGUGAGGUGUGGGACUAUAGGAAGUGUGCAUCUGAACCAGGAGAUAAUCUCUCCUUUGAAGGAUCCCCCAUUAUUAGUAAAGUGCGCCUUAGGAUGUCCUUGGAGAAUGUUGUGAAGGACAUUCCUUUGAUCUCAGAUGAUUCUUGGACUUACAGUGAUCUAAUGGAGGUAGAAUCCCGGAUAUUGAAAGCUCUGCAACCAGAACUUUGCCUAGAUCCUACCCCAAUGUUAGACAGACUUUGUGGUGACCCAAUUCCAACCAAGCUCAAUCUUGGUCUGGGCAGUGCUCGCAAGCGGAGAUUGGGGCAGAUGCCACAAGUGACUGUGGCAUCUAAUAAUCAAACCCAUGGGAAAAAAAUAUGCAUUGACAGGGUGCCAGAAAGUUCAAACUGCAGGUCAGGGGACCCUGGAUCCAUGAUGAGUGAUGCAACCCUACAACAUGCUAAUGAGAGUAUAACUGCACAAGGUAUUUUACCAAGCAAUACACAAACCUUCAGACUUAAGGGCACUGAACCAGAGGCUGCUGGACAAGCAUCACCUUCACUUUCCCACCAGUCAAAAUAUCAAUUGGGAGUUGGUCAUCAAUUGGGACCAGGGUCUGUUGUAAGCUCACCAGGAACUUCCUCUACUGGCCAGGACAUGAUCUCAUACACUGAAACUAUGAAUGCUAAUAUCUCUUCAAUUCAUGGAAAGAGAGAGCACCAAGAUACCCAACUGACAACCAAUAGUCAUAAGCGAAUUAGGCAAGCACCAGCUGCUGCUGAUGGUUUUCAACCACAGCCAGUGGGACAACAUAUGGACUGGAGAAGCACACUUCUACAACAACAGCCAGAAUCCAAAGGUAUUCAGUAUACCAGUACUGGUAGUCAGAAGUAUCCACAGCAGAUGCUUGAAGGGUUUCGAAAUCAGGAGGCAGGAGUGUCAUCAUUCUAUUUGGGGCAACAAGGGAUGAGAUAUGGUGUCAAGCAAGAGAGGCCCGAAAUGGAGAAAUUGGAGAAGCUGGAGUUUGAUAGGAGCAAAAUUGAUCCACACAUGCUGGAAGAGAGCAACCAAAUGGACCUACAGCAGUCACGGUUGCAACAGAGAGUACCACAACCUCCGUUUAUGAGGUCCCAUUUGUCUCCUCAGACUCAGUGGAAUAACCUUGGACAAGUAGUUGACAGAGAUAUGAGGAAGGAGGACCAGCUUCAGAAAAGAAAAGUACAGAGUCCCCGAGUGUCUGCCACUGCUAUGGUUCAAUCUCCAGUAUCAUCAAAAUCUGGGGAAUUUUCCAGUGGUUCCUUGGGAGCCCAAUUUGGUCCAGUUACAACAACAGCAGCACUUGGAUCAUCAAUGAAGGAGAAAACAACUGCCAUUUCUGGUGUGACAGUUGCUGGAACCCCAUCAGUGGCAUCCAGUCCCAAUGAUUCCAUGCAGCGGCAACAUCAAGCAGCAGUGGCUGUUAAACGAAGAUCCAAUUCUCUCCCCAAAACCCCAGCCAUGAGUGGAGUUGGAUCCCCUGCUAGUGUCAACAACAUUAGUGUUCCCUUGAAUGAAAAAAGCCCUUCAGUUGGCACUCCACCGUUGGCUGAUCAAGUUAUUCUAGAGAGGUUCUCAAAGAUUGAAAUGGUGACCCUGAGAUAUCAACUGAACUACAAAAAGAACAAAGUGGAUAACCACCACAUGAGGAAACCUUUAUCAUAUUCAACUAAACAGCUUUCAUUGUCUCUCUCCACUGCCCCCAAUGUUGAAGAUCUCAAAGAUGCAACCUAUAUGAGGUCAUUGUCAAAGUCACUUAUUGGCGGAAACAUGAAUAUUUGCAAAAUACGGGUACUAGAUUUUGUGCAGACAGAACGUAGAUUUCAAGGGAAUGCUGUCACUGUUGUUCCUAAAGCACAAAGUAGAUUAUUUAUGUCAGAGAAGCCAAAUGGUAGAACAGUAGCAGUGCAUUAUGGGGACAUAGAUGACACUGAUCUUCUAGCUGUGGAGGAUUAUCUUCCUACACUGCCUAAUACUAACUUUGCAGACUUGCUUGCAGCCCAGUUUAGUUCACUGAUGAUUCGCGAUGGAUAUCAACUUAAAGAAGAUCAAGUUCAGAUAAGACCAAUUCAAAUGAAUGUUUCCUCCAAUAAUCAGCCUGGUACUUGUGCAACUACUUCUGAAAGUGCAGCAGCUGAGAUGCAACAAUACCCAGAAACGGUUGCUGGUCAGUCAUCUACCACAGUAUCAGCAGCACCAAGUAACAGUGGGACUGCAUCUCUGAAUUCACCCCCAAAUAUUUUGGCAAACACACAGAUGCUACCUCCUGGAAACCCACAGGCCUUACAGAUGUCUCAAGGAUACUUGCCAGGGGUUGCAAUGUCUAACAGGCCUCAACAGCUAGACCCACAACAGUCCCUUCAGCAGCAGCAGCAGCAGCAGCAGCAACAGCAACAGCAGCAGCAGCAGCAACAACAACAACAACAACAACAACAACAACAACUACAGCAACAAAAUCAGCAUUCCCUGGUUCAACAGCAUACUCAGAUGCAGAGAUCACCAAUGAUGCUUUCAGCAAAUCCUCUCUCCCACUUGAAUACAUUUGGCCAGAGUUCGAAUGUGCAGAUGGCUAACCACAUGGUGAACAAACCCUCUCCUCUCCAACUUCAGUUGUUACAGCAGCAACAGCAACAACAAUCACAGUCACAAUCACAGCCACAACCUCAGCUACUACAGCAGCAGCAACCACAACAGCAACACCAACAGCAGCCACAGAUGCAGAGGAAAAUGAUGAUGGGACUUGGGACAGCCAUGGGUAUGAACAACAUGGGGAACAACAUGGUUGGCCUACAGGGCCUGGCCAAUGUCAUGGGUAUGGGCAUGGGAGGUGCAAGGGGAAUGGGGGCAGCUGGGAUAUCAGCUCCAAUGGGACCCAUCUCUGGUAUGGGCAAUGCUAUAAGUCAGCAAUUACGUUCAGGUGCAUUGUCCCAUGCACAAGCUGUUGCGUUAACAUCAAAACUCAAAAUGAUGCAGAGCAGAGGAGGCAUGUUAGGAGGCCCACAGGCAGGCAUUGCAGGAAUAUCUGGAACUGGGCAGUUGCUGCCCAGCUCUGCUGGUCUUCCGGUGCUGGGGCAGACACUCAACCGGGCAAAUAUCAACCCCUUGCAACGCACUGCUAUGGCAUCAAUGGGUCCACCAAAGAUGGUUCCUGGGACCAAUUUCUAUAUGAACCAGCAACAGCAACAGCAGCAGCAGCAGCUACAACAACAACAACUACAGCUGCAACAUAUACAACAGCAGCAGCAACAACAGCAGCAAUUACAGCAGCAACAGCAACAGCAGCAGCAGCAGCUACAACAACAACAACUACAGCUGCAACAUAUACAACAGCAGCAGCAACAACAGCAGCAAUUACAGCAGCAACAGCAACAGCAGCAACUACAACAGCAGCACCUACAACAACAGCAGAUGCAACAAAUUAGUUCUCCAUUACAGGCUGUUGUUUCACCUCCACAGGUGGGCUCUCCAUCAACCAUUUCAAUUCAGCAACAACUGAGCCAACAGCCACAGCAACAGAAACAGUUCAGCCCACAGCAGAUGAUCCAGCAAACACCAAUGAGCCCUCAGCAAUUGAGCUCAGGCACAGUCCAGCCAAUUAGUGCUGGAAAUGCAGGGGCUGGACCAGCAAGCCCACAGUUGAGUUCACAGACCCUUGGCUCAGUUGGUAGUAUCACGAGCUCUCCUAUGGAACUACAAGGUGUGAAUAAGAGCAACUCUGUCAGUAACAUGUAGGCAAUAGUGAAAUCCUAUUGAGCUGCUGGGUGUGUAGAAAAUUUCUGUUUGUAACAUAUGGACAAUGGUGAAAGAUUGAGACUAAAGUAUUAUGGAUUAGGCAACUUAGAACUCUGCAGUGAAACCUCUCCAACUUAGAACUCUGCAGUGAAACCUCUCCAACUUAGAACUCUACAGUGAAACCUCUGUAGUUUGGUCAUGGGAUAGCAUUAAUAUUCCUCAGCUGGGUUCAGCAUCUUUGGGUGUCCGGACCCUGUAAAAAGAUGGUCUUAAAACUAGUUGUGUUUUAUUUAUUAUUUUUUUUUUUGUAAGUAAAAGAGGUGGAGAUGUUCCUCUUGUUUUUUUCUUUAAUUUGUAGACAAACAUUAGUGAGCAUGAAAAGCACUGGAGGUGUAUUUUCUUGCUGACAGGAAUGAGCAGUUAUUAAUUUAUAAUUUAUGCGGGAAUGUGAGACAUUGGGACUGACGUUACAACCAGAAGUUUGGCCCAGUGUUCGUUA